AUUCACUCGGUUCGUUGAUAUUGAUAUGUGAGUUUAGGUUUGGAGGUAGUGUGGAUAUUAAUAAGUGUAAUAACAAUGUUUUGUUGUUAAUACUAUAUUGUGUGAACUAGAAUUAUUGAAAGUGUAGUGAGAGAAAAGUAGCGAAACAAGGCUGAAUCGGAUCGAGGUCUACAUUUUGACCUGAUCAGACUGUUAUUAUAAUUUGCAAUUGCUCUUAUUGUCUAUUUAUAUAUUCUGUGAUGUCAAUGUUGGGACAAAAUCAGUCACAAAUGUACAAAUUAGUUAUAGUGGGCGGGGGUGGUGUCGGAAAAUCCGCAAUCACAUUGCAAUUCAUACAGAGCUACUUUGUAACUGAUUAUGAUCCAACAAUCGAGGAUUCAUACACUAAGCAAUGUGUAAUAGAUGACAUCCCUGCAAAGUUAGAUAUUUUAGAUACAGCUGGCCAAGAGGAAUUCAGUGCCAUGAGGGAACAAUAUAUGAGAUCUGGUGAAGGUUUUCUGCUGGUAUUUUCAGUGACUGAAAGGCCAAGCUUUGAGGAGAUGACCAAGUUCCAUAGGCAGAUUCUCAGAGUCAAAGAUAGGGAUGAGUUUCCAAUGCUCAUGGUUGGAAAUAAGGUUGACUUGGAGACACAGAGGGUGGUUUGGCAGGAGGAGGCUCACGUUCUUGCAAAGCAACUGAAGAUUCCGUACAUUGAAUGCAGUGCGAAAAUGCGAAUGAACGUGGACAAUGCAUUUUAUGAACUCGUGCGGGUCGUGAGGAAAUUCCAACAGUCGGAAAGGCCUCCAAUCAAACAAUCACACCUCAAAAAUAAAAGGAAGAAGUGCUGCUUGUUUUAAAGUAUUACUACUUUCUAAUAUAAUACGUAUAGCUAUAAUCUGCUAAUAUACUCUGUAACAAGUCCGAAAGCAUCACAAUUUCUGAGCGCACACACAGAUUCGCUUAUUUUAUUUUUUUUUUUAAAUUUUCCAUACAUGAUAUUUUGUAUAUAUAUAUUUAUAUACAAGUGUGUACCAAAAUUAACGAAUGUAGUGGAAAA